CGGAGGUUGUCUAACAGCCAAGAUGGCGGCGACAAUGUUGAGGUCGCUGACCAAGCUAGGACGUCCUUCAACAAAAUUAAUAAUAGGCAAUAAUGUGUUGAGUCCUGGCUGUACGGUCCUGCAGAACAGGCAGAAACAAUGGCAGCCAGACGUGGAGUGGAUGGAGCAUUAUGCUGGGGCUGUGAUGUACCCCACUGCUCUUAAUGAGAAAUGGAAACCACCUCCAUGGAAUGACAAAGAUCCUCCUGCAGAGAAGGAUGUUUCCAACUUGACCAUUAACUUCGGCCCUCAGCAUCCUGCAGCUCAUGGCGUGCUGCGUCUGGUGAUGGAGCUGAGCGGAGAGUCGGUCAAGAAGUGUGACCCCCACAUCGGCCUGCUUCAUCGCGGCACUGAAAAGUUAAUUGAGUACAAGACCUACCUGCAGGCUCUGCCCUACUUUGACCGUCUGGACUAUGUUUCCAUGAUGUGCAACGAGCAGGCGUACUCUCUGGCCGUGGAGAAGCUGCUUAACAUCCAGGCUCCACCCCGCGCACAGUGGAUCAGAGUUCUGUAUGGAGAGUUGACUCGCAUCCUGAACCACAUCAUGGCCGUCACCACACACGCCCUCGACAUCGGUGCCAUGACGCCCUUCUUUUGGAUGUUUGAGGAAAGAGAAAAGAUGUUUGAGUUUUAUGAGCGAGUGUCUGGAGCCAGGAUGCAUGCAGCAUACGUCAGGCCUGGUGGUGUUCAUCAGGAUAUGCCUCUUGGACUGAUGGAUGACAUCUAUGAGUGGUGCAAGAGUUUCUCUUUGCGAAUCGAUGAAGUUGAAGAGAUGCUGACCAACAAUCGUAUUUGGAAGAAUCGUACUGUGGACAUCGGGGUUGUCACGGCUGAGGAGGCCCUCAACUAUGGCUUCAGUGGAGUGAUGCUGCGAGGCUCAGGAAUUAAAUGGGAUCUGAGGAAGUCCCAACCCUAUGACAAGUAUGAUGAAGUGGAGUUUGACGUGCCAAUUGGAAGCAAAGGAGACUGCUAUGACAGGUAUCUGUGCAGAGUGGAGGAGAUGAGGCAGUCCCUGAGAAUCAUGCACCAGGCGCUCAACAAGAUACCGGAGGGGGAGAUAAAGGUGGAUGACGCCAAAGUGGCCCCACCAAAGAGGUCGGAGAUGAAGAAUUCCAUGGAGUCUCUGAUCCACCACUUCAAACUCUACACAGAGGGCUACCAGGUGCCCCCAGGGGCCACAUACACAGCUGUAGAGGCUCCUAAGGGGGAGUUUGGCGUUUACUUGGUUUCAGACGGCUCCAGCAGACCUUACCGCUGCAAGAUCAAAGCUCCUGGAUUUGCUCACUUGGCUGGUUUAGAUAAAAUGGCCCAGGGACACAUGUUGGCUGAUGUGGUGGCCAUUAUAGGUACACAGGAUAUCGUGUUUGGUGAGGUUGACCGUUAGCAUAGCGCUGCUGACAAUGAAGAGGCUUCUUUCUCUGUCACAUGUCGCGCUCUUCCUGUUUUCACUCUAGUUUUCAACAGAAGUCUCUGCUUUAUCAUCAUUAAUGUACAACGUCCUAAUAAAUAUUUUAUCUCUGAAA